GUAUAAAUAUAUAUUUACUGAAGAGAACAGAGCAUUGAGUAUCGUAUCUUUUAAGAUAUUCCUUAUCUACUGAGUGAUUUGCAAGAUGAAUAGCGCCCUUAUCCUUCUGGUGGCCGUUGGUCUUUCCUGCUUGAUGGCAGUCCAAGCAACCUCAUUCGGCGUUCUAGCCGGCCUAGGAGCCUUGACGAGCGGUAUAAGCAAACGGAGAUAUCACGGUGCAAGCCAUGGACGCGGCCAUGGCCAUGGAUAUAGAGCUCCUAAAAGGAAGUACCGUCUCCGCUACCGCCGCUCCGUCGCAGCAGCUGAUGAGGAAGAUGACGACCUGAUUUUGUCUGCAGUAGGACAGCUGGAUGCCGACACCUGCAUCCCCAAGAUGUUUUGCGUCCUGCAGGCGAAGGAUGAAUCCGAUCGCACACAGAAAGAGAACAUGCUUGUGGAGAUCUUAAGCGAUAAUACCAUGAACCCAAACUCGUACAACGCUGCCUUCGUCUACGCUAGAGUCGUCGCCACUAAGGAGAAAGACUCCUCCGUCUGCAAGAAGGUUUUCCCCAAAUGUUCACUUGGUGAGGAGGAACUAAGUGAGCUCUUGGAUCUAGCAUGGGGCUGUGAUUGCAGCUCUGGAGGGAAAGAGUAAAAGGGCCCACUCUCUCUCUAAUGUCCGUUGGAGAGCGAAAACAUAUGAUGAGUCAUUCUACAAAGAAAAUUUCUUAUUGCGAUAUGCCCGACUAGUGUACAUACAUUAUACACAGAUAUACUGUGCCUAUUAGUAGAUGUUUAUUUGUUUCAUGACUGCGAAUAUGCGGGUUGUUGAUCCAAAGACAGAAGCUGUUUUAUUUUCUACAUCAGAUGGUGUAUAUUUGACAUGCUUACGAGGCUGAUAGUUUGAUGAUUUUAGACAAAUAUAUCAAAAUAUGGU